GAGAUGACGCUGUUCAUGCCGAUCGUCUGGAUGCAGCUGUUCGUGCCGAUCGCUCUGAUGGCGCCAGUCGUGCCGACCUGCAGGGCCCAGCUGGUGGGGAUGCAGUUCGUGCCGAUCGUCUGGAGGUGGAUGUUCGUGCCGAUCGCCCUGAUGGCGCUGGCCGUGCAGAUGAAUGUGAUGGAGCAGUUCCUGCCAAUCGCCUUGAUGCAGCUAUUCGUCCUGAUCGUGCUGAUGGCGCUGGUCGCGCCGAUCUUCUGGGCACGGCUGGAGGCGAUGAAACCGUCCAUGCCGGUCAUCUGGGUGAAGCUGUUCGUGCCGACUGUCUGGGUGCUGAGUUGCCUCCUACCCGUCGCCCUGUUCAGCUCGUCCCUGGGAGUGGGAAGUUCUUCGAGCUUGCUGCCGCCGCUCCGUGUGCUGCCGCCGCCGCUAUCCAGAGACGUAUGCAGGUGCGGGCAGACCGCUCCGAAGCGCACUGUUGCUGCUUUGGACGUGGAGGAGAGCCAGACUGCAGCUGAGGAGACGCUCGAUGAAACCGCGGCUCCCAUUCAGCGAAUCCACGGCGCGGACGAGUCCGCCGAGAGCAGGCCUGACAGCCGCGGGUGGCAGGUGGCGGUCGGGUCCGCUGAGAGCGGCUCGUGCUCCACGGUCGACUCCGAGGACUUCGCGCGCCCGCGCGGCGCAGGCGAUGCCGCGGCUCGCAGAGAAGGUGCUGCUGUCAGCCGCUCGGGCGACAGGCCGUGGCUGCGGAUCGCGGACCACCUGGUGAUGUUCAUUGUCCUUGCGCCCGCGCUAGCGAUCCGGAGGGUGUUGGCACCGAUGCUCGUGCGCGACUCCCCGAUCCGCUUCCUGCUGAAGCCGAGCCCCCGAGCCCCCGAGGCUCUGAGCGCGCGCCCCACAGUAUGGCUACCGCGGUGCGAAUAA